UGUGUGUCCAUCUCGGGGCCCGCAGGUGCCCGUGCCCCUGGGGGAGCCGUGCUGGGGUGCCUCUGCGGCAGGGCAAGGAGGGUGCAGGGGGGUCGCCUGGUGGUGGAAAGAGGGGCGCUGGGUGAGGAGCAGCAGAGCCCCCUUGCCUGGGAGGAAGGCCCCGGGUGGAGGAGGAGGAGAUAGGGGACAGACAGCGAACCGUUUUGCCUUUCCCCCCGGAGGGACACCCGGGGAGGGGGCUGCGAUACUGCUCCUGCUGCAGGAGCAAAGUUGGCCGCGCUGCCACGCAGGGCUGGUUCUCCUGCCUCCCUCCGCCUCCCUCCCUCCUCCUCCUCCUCCUCCUUCUCCUCCACCUCCUCCUCCUCCUCCCCGCGAGUUGAGCGCACAGUGCAGCCCGGCGGUGCAGGCGGCGCAGCGCCGCCGGCCGCUCGCCCUGCCCGGUCCCCGGCUCCCCCCUCCCCGGGCCCCCCCCCCCCCCCCCCCCCCGGGGCCCCCCCCCGUUACCCCCCAGCCACAGGGAUGCUGCCUGGCUCCUCUCCCGGCCGCUGAGCCUCCGGCGGCCCGGGGAAGCCCGGAGCCCCUCCUGCAGCCCCCGGCGGGCGGAUCGCGCUGCGGGUCACCUUGCAGGGAGGAAAAUGGGGGCCACUGCCCCAGUGUGACCCAUCUCUAAGGUACAACAAAACACAGACCGCCCACCCCGCUCCCUCAGACACCUCCCAGUAUGGAUGGCUUGAUUGAGCAAAACAACGUGCUGAUGCACAAUAAGAUCGCCGAAGCCGGGAAAAGGAAUGGUUUAAUUAACACAAGGAACUUGGUAGCAGAGAGCCGAGAUGGUCUGGUCUCCGUGUACCCAACCCCACAGUACCAGGGCCACCGAGCAGGGAGCCUUUCCUCUCCAAGCUGCCUGGAGAACGGCAGGAGCGACCCCGUGCAGCAGCUCCUGGAUCCCAACAUGCUGCAGCAGACAGUGGAGUCCCACUACCGGCCCAACAUCAUCCUCUACUCGGAGAACGUGCUGCGCUCAUGGGGUGAGAGCAUCGGCUCGGAGUGCUGUGAAACCACCUUCAUCGAGGACCGCUCCCCCACCAAGGACAGCCUGGAGUACCCGGACAGCAAGUUCAUCGACCUCUCGGGAGAUGACAUCAAGAUUCACACCCUCUCCUACGAUGUGGAGGAGGAGGAGGAUUUCCAGGAGCUAGAGAGUGAUUACUCAAGUGACACCGAAAGCGAAGACAAUUUCCUGAUGAUGCCGCCAAGAGACCAUCUCGGCCUCACUGUGUUCUCCAUGCUCUGCUGUUUCUGGCCACUGGGAAUUGCUGCCUUUUACCUGUCUCAUGAGACAAUUAAAGCUGAAGCCAAAGUUAUCUGAACUUACCCCAGGCUCUCCCAGCUUGGCAGAGUGGCCUGGCAAGGCAGGGUCCCCCCCAGGGACAUGCUGACCUCUCUGAUGAGCUGUCUGUCACAGGGAUCUCCAUCAGAGCUCGCUGCCUGUGAGCCCCUGUGAGGAAGGAUCAUUAACACGCAGCCUGCCCGCCUGUGGAAAAGGGUAUCUGUCUACCUAGCAGUGAAGGAUAGCCAAAUCAACACCCAGUCAGACUCCAUUAGCAUGGCCCUCAGGAGGCAAAUGCCUCUUAACAUGAAAUUACGUGCCACUGAUCAUUUCACCAGCAAGGGCUCCCGGUUGUUUUACAAGCCAGUUUUCCUCUAGUGAAGCUUCUUCAAACGGCAUCUUUCACAGCAAGUGAACCUGCCUCCUCAGAGGCGAGUGUGAAGCAAAAAGCUGCCUGUGGGCAGAUUCCCUGCAGGUUCUGCAAGAGGCACAAGCAUCUUCAGUACCAGAAAUGGGCUGAAAGCCAAUUUAGGGCCCCCCAAAACUCUAGACUGGGUUACCAUAACCUUCCAGUCAAGGUUAACAAUUGUCUUGACCCUCCCUGUAUUUGUCUUCUAGAAUUUUUUAAGUGUCCUUAUGUUGGGAAGGUCUGUGCCCAGAGAUUCUCUGGGCCCUUCCUCCAGCUGAGCCCCAUUCUCAGAAAGCCCCUUUCACUCUAUCCCUCUCAAAUCCCCUCAGCUGCAAGGAAAUUUCCAAGCAGUAACAAAAUAAAUGAAUAGACUUUAUAUGAACAUUUGAGGUUCUUGCUCUCCAGGGCUUAGCUCAGCCUCCAGCUCCCAGGUACCUCCAGCAGGAUACAACAGAGCAGCUUCGGGUGGUAACUUAGCAGAACAUUGAUUACACAGCCUCCGGGGAUCAGCUUCCAUGCCAGCACCUCUCCAACAAAAGGAGCUGCUGGCCCCUUAGCCAGCAGUGGCUCUCUAGGCUGGCUGAGCUGGGGGGUGCAACCCAAGCAAGGAAAAAAUGCUUUCUGUUAUCUCAGCCAGCAAAGACAUGCCUGUGAAGGCAAUAAUGAGCCCCCGUUGGCUUUGACAGUGCUGAUGAUGCCGAUGUUGGAUCACCAUGAGGGAACAUUACAUGCCUUUAUAUUUGUGAUUUACAUAGAUUGCAUUGUAGAGGUUUACAGUCUAAUAUAUGCAUUUGGUACUCUGUUGGGAGCAGUAAAGAAGAAAAUCACGUAAUAAAGAGCCUUCUGGUCCUGACAUAAAGUUCAGUAUAAUACGUAUUAUUAUCUCUGCCUGUGCCAGCCCUCCCUUCUUGCUAUUGCCUACAUUUUCAGUGUGUGGCAGUGUUACCAGCUCCUGAAUGCCAGCUAAGAAUGCUUGCUGCUGUAGAACAGAGCAGAGAAAAAGUCUGGAGAGGAGGUCUCCAGGGAAAAAUGAAGGAGUGGUCUCCAAGUAUGUGGAAGGCUGAUGCAGACUAAGAGGGAGUAAACUCUUCUCCAUGUCCACUCCAGGAGAGUUAAAAAAACUCAGCCCUAGAUUGCAGUGAGGUGAGUCUGGAUUAGACUUUAGGAAAAUCUUUCUAGCAGUAAAAAUAGGGAAAAGCUAUAUUAUAUUACCUUACCUUGGUAGGGGAUGGAGAACAGGUGAGAUGAACCCUCAGGAAUAGUUUUGUAAUAUUUAUAGGCAGAGCUCAAGGUUUCAAAAAGAUCAUCAUUGGUUUUGCUAAACCCCCCUCUUGAUGCCAGUUUGAUAUACACUGGAACUGAUCUACUGCCAUGCCUCUGCCCUGUGCUCUGUAAUUUCAACAUAGUUCAG